AUUCACUGCCUCAUGCACUCUGUUUUAACAUCUUCCCAUGAAGGCACUUUCCUUGCCGAAGGGCGAGAGCACUACAAAGACGAAGGCUGAGCUCAGGACCGAAGAGGCUGCAGAAAAUCAGAGACGCAGGGCUCGCAAGGAACUCGAACUUUUUGGACAAGAUCACGAUCGUCCAGGAGCUUUGUCUGUAAAUGAAACCUGGUGGUGUCAACAAUAUCUAUGGUUAAAGAAUCAAGGGUACUUACUUCGUUCUCGGUAUGCACCGGAUUGGGUGCCAUCUUGGGAGGGUACCGAGCGCAAUCCAUUUGCUUGUGAAGAUGGACGUUCUUUGCGAUUCGGCCAGGUCAUGGACGCAACGCGUGUAUCCGACGGUUUAUACGUCUCACUCAAAAUCGUGAAGAGGUCGCGACACCCUCAUGAGGUAGAGAUCGGGCAAUACUUCAUGUCAGAGCAACUUGCGUCGCAUCCCAAAAACCAUUGUGUUCCUUUUCUUGAGGUGUUAUUACCACCGAACGACGAAGAUAGACAAUUAAUUGUUAUGCCGCUGCUGCUUCCUUUCGCUCGGCCGCCAUUCGACACAUUUGGUGAGGUGAUGGAGUGCUUUAGACAACUAUUUGAAGGUCUCCUCUUCAUGCACAAUAACCAUGUGGCACAUCGUGAUUGCAUGUGGAUGAACAUAAUGAUGGACGCCAAAGACCUCCAUGCUGAGCCCUAUCACCCUGUUGAUCCUCACAUGAAGCGUAACUUCAGUGGCCAUGUAAGGCAUUAUACUCGCACUCAGCGACCGCCGAAAUACUACUUCAUCGACUUUGGCUUAUCACGUCAAUACGAUCCUCGCGAGGCCAGUCCCUUGGAGUACCCGAUUUUUGGUGGGGAUAAAUCGGUACCAGAAUUUCAAAACAAUACAGAUGUCCCCGUGAACCCAUUCCCCACCGAUGUCUACUAUCUCGGGAACGUCAUCAAAGAGGAAUUUAUGGACACAAAAAAAGGUUUUGACUUUUUGAAACCCCUCGUAGAUGACAUGGUUCAGAAUGAUCCCAAUGCGAGACCUACGAUGAACGUGGUAGCCGAGCGUUUUGACUUAAUGCGACAGCAGCUCAGCUCAUGGAAAUUACGGUCUCGUGUCAUUGCGAGAGACGAAGAUAUCUUCGAAACUCUGUAUCGCAGUGCUACCCAUUGGAGGCGACGGAUAGGUUUCAUUGUCAAGCGUGCACCAGCCGUACCUCGCUUUGGGGAAUGAUCACAUACCUUCUGCACUGAAUUUGCAAAUCUAUGAUGUUGGUUGACAACGAGCCGCAACUUGACAGAUUUUCGAUGGUAGUGCGUACUAGGGUCAAUCCACAAGCUGAACUAAAAUAUGUACUUGUCAUGUACCCUUCUGUCGUUGCUUCACCAGUGGAUACUGAGGAUGUAUCAGUACUUUUUUUUUACCUCCAGCGCGGAGAGAGAGCUGAGAUCGACAUCAUUUUGAGAGAACGAUCGCCGAAUACCGCUCCUCGCGGAGUUUGGAAUGAAGGGGGGUCGCGUUAACUGCAUGGCUAGUUCGUCCAAUUCAACGAUGGAUUAAAAAUGACCAACCAGAAAUCACCCGUAACAAUGUC